AUGAAAAAUCCGAAGCCCUUCGGUGUCGUGGCUGGCUUCGUCCGUUUGCACAAAAGCAGCCUUGGCCAGGCCAGAUAUUACUCCAUUCCAAAUGAUGUGUCCAUACCGGCAUCCAAGCGAAAAUUUAUUCCUAGUUCGGGGACAUACCCUAAAGGCUUCUUGGUUGCUUGCGCCCAUGCCGGCGUUAAGGAGUCAAACACACAGUUUCCCGAUGUUGCCCUGAUAUGCUCUGAAACGCCAUGUUCAGCAGCUGCGGUUUUUACGACAAACAAAUUUCAAGCGGCCCCUGUUCAGGUGAGCAAGCAGGUACUGGAAAAGAGGCAGGGUGCGGGCAUACGGGGCGUGGUGAUUAACUCUGGCUGUGCCAAUGCCGUCACAGGGAAGGGAGGGCUAGAACAUGCCAAAAUGAUGAGCGCCAAAGUUGACGAGUGCAACGGCACACCGUCAACUGGGCCACAGGAUACCAGCACUCUCGUCAUGAGUACCGGAGUUAUUGGCCAACGCCUCCCAAUCAAGAAAAUCCUCGAUGCCAUUCCAACCGCCCAUUCGAAUCUGGCUUCAACACACUCAACCUGGCUCGCCACCGCCCGCGCAAUCUGCACAACAGACACCUUCCCCAAGCUCCUGUCACGCCCCUUCACCCUCCCCUCCUCCCCAAACCGCCAGUACUGCUUAGCAGGCAUGACCAAAGGCGCCGGCAUGAUCCACCCGAACAUGGCCACCCUCCUCGGCAUCCUCUGCACCGACGUCCCCAUCAGUCCCUCCGCCCUGAAAGCCCUCCUGACCCAUGCCGUCUCCCGCUCCUUCAACGCCAUCUCCAUAGAUGGCGACACAAGCACCAACGACACCAUCGCCCUCCUCGCCAACGGCGCCGCAGGCGGCGAGGCAAUCACCACCACAUCCUCCCCAGAUUACGCCGCCAUGCAAACCAUCCUGACCAGCUUCGCGCAAUCGCUCGCGCAACUGGUCGUGCGCGACGGCGAAGGCGCGACGAAAUUCAUCAUGGUGCGCGUGUGCAAUUCGCCAUCGCACGCUGACGCGAAGGUGAUUGCGUCGACGAUCGCGCGGUCGCCGCUGGUCAAGACGGCGCUGUACGGCAAGGAUGCGAAUUGGGGGCGCAUCCUGUGCGCGAUCGGGUAUGCACAGGGGAUUGCGGAGGGGACGGUGGUUCCUGAGCGGACGAGCGUGAGCUUUAGGCCGGUUGAUGGUAGUGCGGAAUUGAAGUUGCUUGUUAAUGGGGAGCGGAAGGCGUGGAAUGAGAGCCGGCGCGAAGAUCUUGCAGAUGAGGAUUUGGAGAUAGUGUUGAUCUGGUGCCGGCAAAAGGGGGAGAAGGGACUUGGGGGGGGAGGAGGGGUUGUAUUGGUUUGCGAUUUUAGUCAUGAGUAUGUGACUAUCAAUGGGGAUUAUAGGACAUGA